CAAGCAAAAUGGCGACAACAACCGGGAGCAACUUUGUGAACGUUUACUGAGCUGAUAUUCAGUGACAUCCGAGGCAGGCAGCGAAUUUAUUGAACAACUUCAAUAUGGCUGCCGGAAGUGAUGUGCGUGACAUUCUGGAGCUGGAUUCAUCCAGUGACAAACCAGAGUUUAUGACCAAGGAAUCUCUUCUCAAAGCAAAUAAAAAGCCCCAGAAGAAAUCUGAGGUAACAUUUAAGCGGCCAGAAGGAAUGCACAGGGAAUUAUGGGGGCUGCUUUGGACAGAUAAUAAGGAUGCCCCGCCCAUCAUGCCAUCUGACUCAAACCAGGGCUACAAGCAGAUGAAGGCUAAGAUAGGACGGAGUAGGGUUCGGCCAUGGAAGUGGAUGCCAUUCACAAACCCAGCCCGCAAGGACGGAGCUAUUUUCUAUCACUGGAGAAGAGCAGCCGAUGAAGGGAAGGAUUAUCCAUUUGCUCGUUUCAACAAGACUGUGGAUGUGCCAACCUACUCUGAUCUGGAGUAUCAGCAGCAUCUCCAUGACGACAACUGGACGCGUCAAGAGACUGACCAUCUGCUGGAGCUGUGUAAGCGCUUUGACUUGCGCUUUCCCGUCAUUCAGGAUCGCUGGGAUCGAGACAAGUACCGGGUGCGAAGCGUUGAGGAUAUCAAGGAGAGAUACCACAACAUCUGUAAUGUACUGGCCAAGGUCCGUGCCCCUCAGGGCUCUGAGCCUAAAAUCCGCAUGUACGACGCUGACCAUGAACGCAAGAGGAAGGCCCAGCUGGAGAAGCUGUUCAGCAGGACAACAGAAGAGGUAGAAGAAGAGGAAUAUCUGAUCCAAGAACUGAAGAAAAUCGAGCUGAGGAAAAAAGAACGAGAGAAGAAGACGCAGGACCUGCAGAAAUUGAUCACAGCGGCUGACAGUAACAGCGAGAGCAGGAAGGGUGACAGGAAAGCCAUUAAGAAGAAGUUACCUAUUACACAGAAGUUCAGAGAACCCUCCAAGACAACUCCUGACACUACUGGAAUAAAGUUCCCCGAUCCCAAGCAGUCUGGUGUGUCCUUGAGGAGUCACAGGAUGAAGCUGCCAGCAUCUGUGGGCCAGAAGAAGACUAAGGCCAUUGAGCAGGUUCUGGAAGAGUUGGGUAUAGAGUAUAAUCCCAUGCCUACAGAGGAGAUCGUGACAAAUUUCAAUGAGCUGCGCCAGGACAUAGUGCUGUUGUACGAGUUGAAGCUGGCGUUGGCUAACUGUGAAUAUGAACUGCAGACAUUGAAGCACAGACACGAUACAUUGGCACCCGGCAAGAUGCCAGACAUAACAAUCAAGACAGAGCCUGAAGAGACAAUAAAUGUGACCCCUAUGACCCCUGACCCUGCAACAGGGGAUUCCCCAUCCAAGGUCAAGAAGCUUUCUGAGGCUAUAGAUGUGGUGGGCUCACCAGGAACACCCAACAGAAAACGAAAGGCUGCCAUAGAACAGAGUAACAUCAUGAAGAAAAUCAAGCAGAAAGUUUAGUGUUGCUCAGAGAUGUUGCUGAUGUACAGACAAUGUAGUGUGGCUCAGAGACAUUGCUGAUGUAUAGAAAGUUUAGUGUUGCUCAGAGACAUUGCUGAUGUACAGACAGACAGACAGACAGACAUCUUUUCUGCACACAGUUGUACAGGACUCCUUGUAACAGCUGACACUGUGGGGUGCCUUCGACACUGAGCAUGUGCUAUGGGCAAAGUGAUAUCACAAGCUUCAUUGCUGGAGAAGUCAAAACUUUGGGUACGGUGAUAUCAGGAGCCUCAUUGCUGAUGCACUCUUCACUUUGGGCAUAGUGAUAUCAGCAGCCUCAUCACUGAAGCUGUCUUCACUUUGGGCAUGGUGAUAUCAGGAGCCUCAUUGCAGGAGCAGUACUCACUUUGGGUACGAGAAUAUCAGGAGCCUCAUAGCUGGAACUGUCUUCGCUUUGGUCAUAGUGAUAUCAGGAGCCUCAUUGCUGGAGCUGUCUUUGUUUUGGUCAUAGUGAUAUCAGGAGCCUCAUGGCAGGAGCAGUACUCACUUUGGGCACGGUGAUAUCAGGAGCCUCAUUACUGGAGCUGUCUUCACUUUGAGGACAGCGGUAUCAGCAGCCUCAUUGC